AUGACAUGGAAUAACAUUAUCCAGACAAUAAUCUUCCUUUGUCUUAUUGGACCUGGAAUUGUAGGGAAUAUCCUAAUGUUUGGGAGACAUGUAUACAAUUCUGUCUUGGGGACUGAGAAAAAGCCUGUGGACCUUAUCCUCAUGCACUUGGGACUUUCUAAUAUGAUCAUUAUUUGUACAACAGGGAUCAGAGAUAUCGGUACAGUGUUUUAUUUCAGAAACUUCCUUGGAGAUUUUGGCUGUAAAGCUGUGGUUUUUCUGGCAAGGAUGGCUCGGGGCCUUUCCAUCUGUACCACCUGUCUUCUCAGUGUCGUCCAGGCUGUCACCAUCUGUCCCAGGGCCACCAUUUGGAGCAAGCUCAAACCACAGUCCUCACAGCAAGUUCUUACCUAUGUCUUCCUCUUUUGGAUCUUUAAUGUUCUCACAAGUUCCAACUUGUUGUACUAUAUAACAGCAGGCAGUGACAACAACAGAUCUAAAGUUCCAGAGUAUAUUGGGUAUUGCUAUAUGCUUCCAUCCAGGCUCGAAGUUAAGUGGCUUUUCCUCUCGCUCAUGGCUGUUCGUGAUCUGAUCUUUCAGAGUCUCAUGGGCUGGAGCAGUGGAUACAUUUCUUUUUACCUGUAUAGACAUCACAAGCAAGUCCUCUACCUUCAUAGCUGCAGGUUGGCAAAUAGUUUCAGUGCAGAGAUCAGAGCUGCACAGAGUGUUCUCCUUCUCAUGGCCUGUUUCCUUUUCUUCUAUUGGACAGACUUUGUUUUCUCCUUUUACACAGGUUCCAUGGUGACUCAUGACUCCGUUAUACUAAAUAUUAAAAAACGUCUAGUACUUGGUUAUGCUGUUCUCAGUCCCUUUGUCCUGAGGAGCAGAGAUGUGCCUCUUGCUAAAUCCUUGUGUUUUCCCUGA